CCACCUCCACCACCUCCACCCCCAGCACCUCAACUGCUGCGUGCCCGUCAAGAUCGGACGGGGACACUCAGACAAACGACGGGAAGAAGAAGGAGUGGAUGAAGCUGGACUCGGAUGACCGCUGGAUGGAGAUGGACAGUGUAAAGUACCAGGCGGGCUCCUGUCUGGCUCUGAUUUCUCUGCUGGCCGCUGACAAGCUGAAGACCCGCCUGUGGGUCCCCGACGAGAUGGUGCGGCUGGACACAGACUCGAUGGAACAGCUGGCCCAGGGGAAGCUACCUGGGAGGAAGAGGAGGAAACCGCCGGUGGCAGACUCAGAGGCACCCAAAGGCAAAAACCAAAUAGUGCUGACCCGUCCAGCCCAGAAAAAAGCCAAACUGGCAGAAAGAAACCAGGGCCUGGCUGGUUCGGAAGACUCGUCCUCGGAGCAGAUGUCGUCUGAGCCAAGCUCCUCAUCGGCCAGAGGCCCCGCCUUUUCUACCAGAAUGGAGGACAAAUACGAAGAGAAGGCGGUGGUAACGGAGAACGUAGACCUCAGCUACAGGUGUCUCAAGUCGGACGAGUGUCAUUUUCUCAACGACUAUGCCGUAUGGCUGGCCUCGGGUUCCCUCUUGACCCUCGCCAGGCAGGCGGUCAUCGACAAACUGGACAUCCAGUCCAACAAGUUUUUGUUCCACCAGCGGUUCAGUGUGGAUAACGUGUACCUGCGGUUCCGUCUACGAGAAGGCUCCACCGAUGGGCUGGAGAUGCUGAAAGAAUGGCGCGGAGUAGAAGUGGAGGAAGAGCCGUGGAGUUUACGCUUGGGGACAGGACAUCAUCGUCUUCGCAACACGACGUCUGAAGAAAACUCGAAAGAAACGCCGACGUCCUCAGCUAAAGUUGCGUCGUUUUCAACUCCUGCUGGAAGUAGUAGUCGCAAUGCUGAAGAUUCUGAGAUGGAAGUGGCUACGUCGGGGAAAAUUUCUAUUUUGAAGACAACGAAGAGCGCCCCCUCCUCUGAUGAUACACCCACCGCUAAACGCAAGGAACACAAAGGAAGAUCGGAUUUAACACCCACCCCCGGAGAAGCAUCCGCGGAUAAACUUUUUAAAGAGGUUAUCGAAGGGCUGGAGACUGUGUUCACCCCAGAGUUCCUGAAGACGGACGUUGAGGCCGACAUAGCGAGGUGCCUGCCCCCCGGCCUGGUGGAAAAGGGUCGAGUCCUCGUCAGUGUUGUGGACCAGUUUGGAGUUAGGGGAGCUUUGGAUAAUGAAAUAGAG